AUGAAGCACAGACAAGCCUCACCGGCAAUGAGCACUCAUUGUCAAUUACCAACACCGGGCAGUAUGGGCACUUCAGGUGGUGGAACUAUAGUCUCAGCCACAACAGCCGAUUGGGAUAUCAACGAUACAUCAAUACCACGUAUCAGUGAAUUUGAUAAAUUCGCUGAAUGGGCUGACGGACAUUGUCGUUUAGUUUAUCCAUCUACCAGCGAAGAAGCAAAACGGCACGCAUCCGGUUGGGCAAUGCGUAAUACAAACAACCAUAAUGUGCAUAUUUUAAAGAAAAGUUGUCUUGGUGUGCUUAUCUGCUCGUUAAGAUGUACCCUACAAUCUGGUGAUCGAGUCCAUUUACGUCCUGCAAUAUGUGAUAAAGCACGGAAAAAGCAACAGGGAAAACCAUGCCCAAACCGACAAUGUUCGGGUCGUUUAGAAAUUCUACCUUGUCGUGGCCAUUGUGGUUAUCCAGUUACACAUUUUUGGCGGCAUACAGAGCAUGCGAUUUUUUUUCAAGCAAAAGGUGUACAUGAUCAUCCAAGGCCUGAGGCCAAAUCAACAUCAGAAGCUAGGAGAAGUUUAGGCAAUGGUAGGCGAGUCCGAGGCUUAGCUGUUUUAUUAACAAGAGAAGCUGCUUUAGGAAAUAAGUUAAUGUCUUUACGCGCACCCAAACGUUGUCGAACAAAUGAGGAAGAAACUGAAGCUGGAAAUAUACGAACAAUUCAUCCUCCACCACUUAUAUCGGACUCAACAAAAGGAUAUUCCUGUUCGUGUCCUCCCUUUGAAUGCAUGUGUGUCAACAACACUCAAAUCUCAACAUCAUCAACUUUAUCGCAACAUUGUAUGCAAAACUCACACACCUAUCCACAGCCACAUCUCCAAAAUAAUCAUCACAACUACCCCAAUUACGAUCAAUCAUCAUUUUGGGUUCAACAACAAGAUCAACAAAAUCCUAUUCAAACAAAUUUACCAACGGCAAAUAUUCCUAACACGGAAACUGACGAACUAAUUCAUACAAACUUUAAUCCUCAAUACGAUUUUGUUCCACUAUCCGGUGAUCUAUUUCAACCUGAAGAAAUUUUCCAAUUGGAUCAACCGCUAAAACAUGAUCAAACUGAUAUAACAGCACGAUCACCACCUACUCUUUUAGAUCUCGGAAGUGGAACCAUUUAUCGCAAUUAUAUUAAACAUGAAGAAAUGGCAGCAUCCAAUAAUAACUCAAUAGUAAAUAAUAAUUGUUGGCUACAAAAUACGAAUCACACCGUAGGGAAUCAUGAAUUCACAGCCGGACAAUACAUUAAUGAAGAUAGUAACAACAGUUGUACAAAUUCUAGUCCACCACAUUUUGAAACAAUUAACUGUGAUGCGCAAUACCAUCAGGAAACACCACAGCAACAGUUUCAUGAAAUGUUUCAUCAAAAUAUGUACGAACAAAAUUAUUACGAUGAAUAUUCAUCAUACCAUGAUCUCAAAUCUACCACAAAUACGGCACAAAGUUCCUAUAAAGUUCCACAAAAUUAUCCUGCUCAUAAUCAUGGAACAAAUUGUAUGAUAAGUGAUUUAGAUGUACCGAUUAUCGAUUAUCCAAUGAACAAUUUAUGUAUGGGUGGAAUGUAUGGUGCUAGUAUGGAGAAUUCUGAACGAAUUUUAGAUAAUUUACAGCAAACAAGUUGUGAUUCGUCAUCGAUGGAAACAAUGGUGGGAAUUAUUGACGAUUAUCGAAUUAAUCCAGUCGACAAUUAUAAUUUAAUGACGACUGUAUCGAAUCAAAAUUAUUUAGAUUAUUCACAAAUUGAUCCAUUAUCUCAUCAUUAA